GCAUCACCAAAAUUUAUUUUGAUUGCGAAAUUGAAAUAAAAAUACAUUGAUAAGAUAAUAUCUAUUAACUAUUUUGUCAAGGCAGUGUUUCUAUGUUUUAUGUGUAUUAAAUACUCGAUACAAGUGGAGCUCAUAAAGAAGCUGCUCGCCAUGGCCGGCCCGUCCGACGGCGACCCCGACGGAUGGGUCGAGUUCUGCGAGCGUCAGGCCAAAACUGCCGCUCAGGACUUCGCCAAGGCGUGCAUACAUUACAUUCAGGCCAACGCCAGUGAGCCAACAGUACGGCCGGUCUCACAAAAGGAACUUCUUAAAAAAUUUGUUGAGCAGUUUUCUGAACAUUUCGACUUUGAGUUCGGUAAACUAAAAGCUCAACACAAGUUACCGAACGGCACGCACACUGGUCACGAUGAAAGCGAUUAUUCUGAAGACACUGACUCGCCUAAGACGCAACACAAACCGUUCUUUAGAAGGUUAUCAUUCAAAGGUUUACGCCGCGGAAAGGGUUUGUUUCAUAAACAACAUUCUGACGAUGCGGAAAUAUCAAAUUUAAAUAAACACAAGACAAAGUUGGCUAAAAUUGUUGUUGAAUGUCGGAAGGAAGGACUAGUGAAUUACUUGACCCCAGAAAGCCUGGAGCAGCCGAGUGGUCCACAGAAAUGGGAGAGAUGUAGACUGGCCCUAGUUAAAACUGUUGGUGGUUAUAUGUUAGAGUUUUAUUCACCGCCAAAAGCUCAAAAACCUCGGAGUGGAGUGUUUUGUUUCCUUAUAUCAGAGGCACGUGAGACUACUGCCCUAGAAAUGCCUGAUCAUGAAAAUACAUUUGUUCUGAAGGCAGACAAUAAUAUGGAGUAUGUAAUAGAAGCAGCAGAUGUUGAUGACAUGAAGUCAUGGUUGGCCACAAUAAAAUAUUGUAUGCGGUCACCACCUACAACGCAACCACCUCCUGACACAUUAGCAGGACUGUCAGAACCUACACCGCCUGACCUGCCUCCUCGAAGAGACCUACCAACCAGUAAUAGCAAUACUGACUUAACAACUGAUACACCAGAUGAGGCUGAAUUAGGUUCAAUAGCAGAGGAAGCAUGUGAAUCGCCUCCGCGACUGUCUCUGGUGGAAUGGCCGUGGUUCCAUGGGACGUUGGCGCGAGCGGCGGCUGCGGCGUGCGUCCUCGCAGGAGGGUCGGCGGCGCAUGGGUGCUACUUAGUGCGUCAAAGCGAGACGAGGCGAGGGGAAUAUGUACUCACCUUUAAUUUUCAGGGGCGCGCUAAGCAUCUGCGUAUGACGCUGAGCGAGACGGGGCAGUGCCGUGUGCAGCACCUGUGGUUCCCCAACGUGCACGAUAUGCUGGAGCAUUUCCGCGCCCACCCCAUCCCCCUGGAGUCAGGCGGCGCAGCUGACGUCACCCUCACAGAGUACGUGGUCUGCCAGGACGCCGCGCGCCCGCAAUUGGGGGUAUCCCACGGGAGCGACGUGCGGAUGAGGCGUGCAGAGCUGGAGGCGUUACUGAUGGCAAGCGGGGCCCAUCAUGACAUACGUGCGGUGGACAACCAAUACGUGUUGUGCAACAUACGACCAUCGACUAUAGAACGCGGCGCAUAAUGUAUGUAAUUUGGUAGGAACAAAUUGGCAAUCCCACGCGAUACCACGCGUGUUUAGACAAAUCAAAUCUUAGUAAGUAUUUUGUAUACACAAGAAGCUUUUUUUUUAAAUAUAAAUUAUAAUUGACGCACUCAUUAAUUAUGGUAAGUGGCAAACCAUCAAUUAUGGUAAAUUGCCUAUAAACAAAGCAACACUUCGAAAGGCAUGGAACAAGUCCUAUAAAGUCCUGAGGCAUAGAUUUUUAAAUUGAUGUGCCUGUAAUUACACCGGAAACCACGCGCCCUUCAAACCAGAAAGCAGCAACCGGGGAGGUCCGGGGAGGUUCUACCGCCAAGUUAGAACUUCCCCAGACGAGCUCUAUCACAAAAAACUCUACUACUACUAGCUUACUGUAAUCGCAGCUAUAUUAUUUUUAAAACGACAGUAUCUAUAUCGCCUUGACGUGAUAAAAAUAAGGAGUAAAAUUGGAAAAUUUAAAUAAAACAAAACUGCUAA